AAAAUUGCAAAACCAUUCAGUCUCUGAUUAUCGUCAAGUAAAUAUCUCUGUCUGGAAUAUAAAUCAAAAAGUUUCGAGAUGGCUCCUAAAACAAGUGGAAAGGCGGAGAAAAAAUCUGGUAAAGCCCAGAAAAGUAUUAGCAAGUCCGACAAGAAAGUCAAGCGGAAGAAGAGGAAGGAAAGUUACGCAAUCUACAUUUACAAAGUUUUGAAACAAGUUCAUCCUGAUACUGGAGUUUCCAGCAAAGCAAUGAGUAUUAUGAACAGUUUUGUAAAUGAUAUUUUCGAGCGUAUUGCGUCUGAGUCUUCACGUUUGGCUCAUUAUAACAAGAGAUCAACGAUUACAUCGCGGGAGAUCCAGACUGCAGUGAGACUUCUUCUUCCCGGUGAACUUGCUAAACACGCUGUUUCCGAAGGUACCAAAGCUGUGACAAAAUACACCAGUUCCAAGUAACUUUGAAAUAACGAAACUAAAAUAAUAACAAUCGGCCCUUUUCAGGGCCAACAAA